GGCACCAAGCCAGAAUCCUGGUCCCAAAGGUCAAGGAAGGGAGGACGCUGAGGGCCCGAAGCCUGGUCCUGGGCUCUGAAAGCCAGAGGACCCCGGACUCUUCUUCCGGGGAUGCUGGAAUGAAGUUCUCCCGUCAGCUGCUGGUUUGGGGUCAGAGAACCCUCCUGGAAUUUUCUCUACUGAGUGCUCUGGCUUCAAUGGGGCCCUGUUUUGCGCUCCCAUUGGCUGCACUGGCCUGCUUCCUGCUUCCGGCUGGCUGCUGUGUUAUGUGUGACAAUCGUAUUCUUGCGGCUCUAAAGUCCCUGGAGACGGAUUACCUGCCUAAACUCAUGGGUCCUGCUGAAGUGAAUAGCACGUAUGCUAUGAUAGUGCGGACCGUGAAGGGAUUCUCGGAUCUACCAUAUACUAAGCAAACCUAUAUGGGGGCCAUUGGUGAGAAAAGAUAUGAAAUGGUGAUCACGAGUUUCCUGAAGAAUCUGAAAAACAUCACAGAAAGUAAAACAAAAGGGAAGCAGAGCGUUGAGAACCUGAAAGAGAUGUUGCGCCUCGAAAAGAUAAACUUUGCAUUCCAGGCUUCUAUGUUUCAAAAAGAAGAUUAUUGUCCCAACAAAUGUGGCGCCAUGUUUCAGUCUUUGAUAUGGUGUGACUACUGCAGUAAGCAGGUUCAACUUUGUAAGAAGAAGACCGAAGAAUGUGGGGAUCGUGUUGAGGAGAUCCAUGAACACGAAGCUUUAAACUUGAACUGUUUUCUCGAUUGGCACAAAGAAGCUGUUGGCCUCACGAACUACGUCUUUUACAGGGUUUGGGAGAACAAUUCUGAGACCGUGCUGUACAGCGGGAAGGAUCCAGUCUUUAAUAGGCCCUCCGCGUCUGUGAACGAUAGUGGCAAGUACCGCUGUGAGCUGGGCACUAUUUACAACAGGCCUUCCACGAUCAUUCAUUUUCUUGUCACAGUGUUACCCCGUGACCUGGAGGGCUGGAAGCCAACGGGUGAAUUCGCCCCGGCUAAGACGGAGGGGGGAAAGAUUACUUCCGUAACCCCGAGCCCAGAACCGGAGACCACGACUGUCAAGCACCAGGAGGUUAAGAGUAUGCUGAAAGGGCGCAUCUAUGGCCUGCUUAUCUGCUUACUUAUAAUCCUGAUAGCAGCCAUUAUCUUCUGGCUAGUCACUCGGAAAAGGAAGAAAACCAAACCAAAGUCCUCACAGGCCAGCAUUGAUAGUAAAAGUUCUAGGAUAUCCAGGAAAGCGUCUUCAAAAAUGCAGAAGAAAUAAAGAUUUGUCUUAUCUAA